UGUCAAACAAGCAGCACAGAACUUUGUAGUUUGUCUCUGCUCCACUGGAGAUGGGCUAUGCACAAGUUCAUUUUUAUUUUUGUGACAAGGAAGAGAAGUGAGAGAAGAAAGAGAGGACAGGUGAACAUGCAGCUCCUCCUGGCUCUCUUCUUCCUGCUGGGAAUCCCCAGCGGGGCUCCAGACAUUCACUCUCUCAAGCAUUUCUACACUGGAGUCUCUCAAGUUCCAAACUUUCCAGAGUUUGUGAUCGUUGGUUUAAUGGAUGAACUUCAGGUUGAGCACUACGACAGCAACACCAGGAGAUAUGUCCCCAAACAGGACUGGGCGAACAGAAUGACAGAAGAUGAUCAAACAUACUGGGACAGAUACACGCAGAUCGCUCGUGGAACUCAGCAGUGGUUCAAAGGAAACAUCGAGAUCGUGAAGCAGCGUUUGAACCAAACUGGAGGUGUUCACGUUUAUCAGUGGAUGUACGGUUGUGAAUGGGACGAUGAAACUGAUGAAGUGGUGAACGGAUAUUGGCAAGACGGCUUUGAUGGAGAAGAUUUCCUCGUUCUGGACCUGAAGACAGAAACAUGGAUCGCUCCAGUUCAACAGGCUGUUCCCACAAAACAGCAGUGGGAAAAUGACAAAGCUAUGUUGGCUCGGUACAAACACUACUACACCACAGAAUGUGUUGACUGGCUGAAGAAGUAUGUGGAGUUUGGUCGGAGCUCACUGAUGAGAAAAGAUCUUCCCUCAGUGUCUCUCCUCCAGAAGACUCCCUCCUCUCCGCUCACCUGCCACGCUACAGGUUUCUACCCCGACAGAGCCGACUUGUUCUGGAAGAAAGACGAGGAGGAGCUCCAUGAGGACGUGGUCAAAGGAGAGAUCCUCCCCAACCAUGACGGGAGCUUCCAGAUGAGCGUUGAUCUGGAUCUUUCAGGGCUCAAAGAUGAAGACUGGGGGAGGUACAGCUGUGUGUUUCAUCUGGCUGGAGGACAGGAAGUCUCCAAGAGACUGGACAAACGGGACAUCAGGACCAACUGGAAGACAAAUGAUGGAGGACUUGGCACUGGACUCAUUGGAGGACUUGUUGGAGGGAUUGCUGUUCUGGCCGUGAUCGGCUGCAUCAUUGGAUUCUUCGUCUACAAGAAGAAACAUCCUAAAGGGUCCAGUAGUACCAGCAAAUCUGACACUUCCUCUUCAUCAGGAGAAGAAGCCAUGCAGAGCAUGUUAAAAACCUCUUCAUGAAGGAAGAGUCCAGAGAGGCUCCAGUCAUUGAGUCUGAUGGAGCAAGAGCCAAAAGAAAUGAUGGAGAAGUUGCUGAUUGCUCCACUCUGAGCUGCUCUCCAGGACGGGGCUCCUUCCUCCCUGUGGAUUGACUUUGCUUUGGUGGAAUCUUGCUGCAGCUUGUGGCUCUUUGAGUGUUUGGAUCAGAUGUUUUGGAGGAGGAGGCUCCUGCAGCAGUUCUCACACUGGUCCAGUUUACAUGGGUGUUUUUUGCAAUCCAUUUGAAAACAAUCGUAUUAAACGCAUUUGUGUACAUGACGGCGAUCCACGAUCAGUCCUGGUUUACCAGGACCCCUGAUGAAACAGAUUAUACAGCGUCCUCUGACAUGGGGACAAAGUCUCUCACAGAACUUUCAGGUCUUCAGCUCUGCAGCAGCAGUCCUCAGCCCCAGCAGUGUCCUUAUCUGCUGAAUAUCUGCUCAAAUAAUGUCCCAACAUCUCCAUGAUACGCUGCUCAACGAGUGCACGCUCCCCCAUCCGGAGUCCCGCCCCGCCGAGCGGCACGUCCCGGUGUAAAGCUCCACAGCUCUGCUCCGCCUGCUGAUGUUUUGAAUUAACUGGUGUUCGUGUUCACUUGUGACCAACAGAUGUUGAAAUACUGACUGAAACUUGUAGUCGUUCUCGUGAACGUCGGUUAUCUACAGUUACAGUAAAUUAAUAAGUUUAGAGUCUUUUGUGAGUCUUAUUUUAACAUCUGCUGUUACCAGCAUGAGUUUACAGACAUUCCUCACUCUUUAGCAAGGGAACCAGUUCAUCCAUAACACCGGCCGGGCGGACCUCCAGUAGCCUACCAUGGAGCUCUUUGAACAACUGGCUGUUGAGCGAUUUGUAGUCAUCUCUCCUCUCCAGUGUUUGUUCUCUCAGGGUUUUUAUUAAAAAGUGUUUCUCAGCCAGUGAAAAUCCUAUUUGGGCUUCAAUGGACAUGAAGACAGUCUGGAUUAGAACUGAUGUAUUGAGCAAGUUUCUCUCCUCCACUGAUUUCCUAAUGACUAAACUAUUGAUCUGCUUCAUUCACUUGUUGCUUCUCAUCACUUCCUUCUGAUCUUUUCUUGGUUUUGUUUGAUCUCAGAUGGUGAAAUGUUUUGGACUUUGCUUCAUAUUGACAGCAGAAACCAGGAGCCUUUUCCUUUAUGGUGUCAGUUCCUCAGAGGACUUUUAGAGCUGCUUUCAUCUCAGCUUUUGCUCUUUCAGUCAUAUUUAUUCUGAUUUUUCA